UGAAGUAAAUGAGCGAUAUGUACAUAAAUACGUAUGUAUGUAUACGAAAUUGAAUGGUUUUUUUAAUACGUACAAUUGUAUAUUUGUAGGCAAAUACAAUAUACAAAUAUACACACAUACUAUCUAUGUACAUAUAUACAUCUAUAUUUGUACUAACAUCUUCCUCCGGAAUACUUUCCACACAUUGGCUACUCCCUUCCACAUAUUCUGUACCAAGUAAGCUCAAAACUUUCUGAUCUAAAUCAGAAAGCGGAGCUGUUAACAUUGGAGCAUUUCCUGUUGCCGCCAUUUGCUUCCUGCGCUCUCUUGCCUUGACGGAAGUCCGGCUUUUCAAAUCGCGCCAAACCUAAUACAAAAAUUGCAAUUAUUGUGUUUUGCAGAUAUCAUCUACUAUGUGAUCUACUAUAACUUACUACUUGCCACUGAGCUGCAGAUUUUUCGGCACCAUUUGAGCUAUUUAGCAACAUCGCUAGCUCUUCCCAUUUCCGGGAAGCUUCUUGCCGGCCAUGAAUCGCGGAGAACUUGCCUUCCGCGAGGCCCUUAUUGCCAAGGAAAAAGUCCAGCAUUUUGUGGUACUGCUCCGUAGUAGCUCUAGCGCUUCUGUUUUUUUUUCCCAUAAUAUAUUCACACACAACAGUCCCGACAAUAAUAAUACGCGUAACAAUAAUCAAAUUUUCUUUCAAAUAUUAAAUGUCAAACGUCAAUAUUGCCAUAUUUAUCUUUGCAAUUAACGAAAAUCGUCGUAAACUUCUUUACCGACAUGCCUAACGAAUUCUGUCGUUAAGUGUGUUUUUGAGAAUAGCCUAUUCGCUACUGCAAGCUACAAACGUCGUUCAUUAUCAAUAACGAAUAUCGGUCGUUAGGAAAAAUGGGAAUCGCACUACAGGAGUGCAAGAAACGAUGGAAGAGCCUCCGCGACUCCUAUAAGCGCUGCAAAAGGAUGGAUCAACUCGCUUCCGGCAGUAUUGCUGAAACACCAAGGAAAAAAUGGAGAUACUUCGAAUCACUAUCAUUUUUGGAAAAUGUAUCGAAUUCCAGGCGCACUAUUGGAAGUAUAAGCGCAGAUGAUACUCAAUUUAUAGAAGAAAGUGAAGUGGUUGAAAUUGUUGAUAUCAAUUCAGCAAACAUUUCUCCACCUGCAAUAGAAAGUCCUCAAAGUAAGGUUUUAAAUCCACGAGAGCAAAAGAAAAAGGACAGUGAUAAAUUUCAAAAGUUUCUGGAAAUGGCUGGCUCAAGCAUCUCCGAAACCUGUGCGGCAUUCGUGGGUCAAAGACAAAUGCAGGACUCCACCGCACUUCAUUUUGCAAGUUUGGCAGCGAAAAUAUCGGAAGAUGGUCUUCCACCAAACACAGUUAACCAAAUAGAGGCCAAAGUGUCGGUUUUAGUUUUCGGUGAAAUUGAAAAGUACCUCUCAGCCAGUAUGGAAUCUACAGUAGAAUAAGUGAAUAAGACUUACGUAUAUAUGCACGCGAAGUGCUUUAUUUAUUUUUAGUUAUAUAUGCACACUUGCGGUCAGGUAAUUAAGUUAAGUGACAGUCUAGUUUUGGCUAUUUAUCUUUUGUUUAUUU